AUGGCCAGUAAGGAAUGUUUCAAGUGUGGACGCUCUGAUCAUUCGGCUCGUGACUGUCCUAAAGGAGAAAUUCGAGGGCGUGUAAUUAGAAGCCGUACUAGAGGAGCUCCAAGCACUUCCAACACCCUACUUGAUGUCUGUUACCGCUGUGGUGAAUCCGGUCAUCAUGCCAGAAACUGUGAUCUUUUUGAAGACAUCUGUUACAACUGUGGGAAAAAUGGUCAUAUUUCGAAGGACUGUACUGAGCCGAAACGUGACAGAGAUCAGUGCUGCUAUGCUUGUGGUCGACCAGGUCAUUUUGCUCGUGAUUGUGACCGUCAUGAAGAGCAAAGGUGCUACUCUUGUGGUGAAUAUGGACAUAUUAAAAAAAACUGCACACAAAUUAAGUGCUAUCGAUGUGGUGAGAUGGGUCACUUGGCCAUCAAAUGCAGUAAGACCAGCGAAAUCAACUGCUACCGCUGUGGCGAACCAGGACAUCUAGCUCAUGAAUGCCCCGCUGAGAUCACAGAUUGA